CUGAAGAGAGAUUGUUAUGAAAGCUGCGUUCACUUAUGAAGAUAUCCACUUGUAAAUGGAGUGCUUCUGCAUUUGACUGCUUAUGUCUGGCACCAUCUCAAGUUUCCUCUGAAUAGUAACAAAGACUGUGGAGACUUGGUACUGCAGUAAAAGACAUGCUUCCUUAGUCCAGGGAAUAUAUCGUUUUGGUUUCUGUCUUCCUGGGUGCAUGAGAGGUGAAAGGAUCAGCUACGCAGCACAGCUGCUGCCUGUCUCCAUGGGCACAAGUCCUGGGUAUGGUCACCCCAAUUCUCAUACAGACAGAUCAGGUGCUUCUGCUUGACAUACUGGGAUCAUGUUAUAUUGACUUUAUGACCUUCUGGUAAUUUCAUGGCAAAAGACUGGUAACCUAAAUAAAGAAUUGACCUCAUAUCAGAAUAGUGAACAGAGAAUCAACAACUGAAGAACUGUCUCCUACAAUGGAUUACAUACCCUUUCUAAAUAGUGAAGUAACAAGGAAAAGCAUAGAAAGCAUGUGAAAGAAAAUAUAUCCAUAAUUGCACUACCGGUGUAUACCAUCAACUCACCACCUAAGAGUUUGCCAAAAACAUUUGCACCAAUAAAUGUGAAUGUUGGACCCCAAAUGAUUAUAAGCACACCGCAAAGACUGACCAAUUCGGGAAGUGUUCUCAUUGGGAGUCCCUACACCACAGCAUCAGCUAUGGUCACACAGAUGCAUAUAACUGAAGCCACUGGCUGGGUUCCAGGGGAUAGAAAACGAACUCGAGACUUUAUGGAAUCAGAUUUUUCAGAAAGUAAAAGAAGCAGAAAAGGAGAUAAAAAUGGAAAGGGUUUGAGACAUUUUUCAAUGAAAGUAUGUGAAAAGGUCCAGCGUAAAGGCACAACAUCUUAUAAUGAAGUUGCAGAUGAGCUGGUAUCGGAUUUUACAAACUCUAAUGGCCACUUAGCUACAGAUUCAGUUUAUGAUCAGAAGAAUAUUAGGCGGAGAGUUUAUGAUGCCCUCAAUGUAUUGAUGGCGAUGAACAUUAUUUCAAAGGAGAAAAAAGAAAUCAAAUGGAUAGGUCUUCCUACAAACUCGGCUCAAGAAUGUCAAAACCUUGAGAUAGAGAAACAGCGACGUAUAGAACGUAUAAAACAGAAGAGAGCUCAGCUGCAAGAACUUAUACUUCAGCAAAUUGCUUUCAAAAAUUUGGUACAAAGAAAUCAACAAAACGAACAACAGACUCAGGGUGCUCCAGCUUUGAAUUCUACAAUACAACUGCCUUUUCUAGUAAUAAACACAAGCAAAAGCACCGUCAUAGAUUGCAGCAUUUCUCCUGACAAAUUUGAAUACCUUUUUAAUUUUGAUAGCACUUUUGAGAUCCAUGAUGACACUGAAGUAUUAAAGCGAAUGGGAAUGUCACUUGGCCUAGAGACAGGCAAAUGCUCAUCGGCAGACCUAAGAGCUGCUAAAUCACUAGUGCCUAAAGCUUUAGAAAGCUAUGUCACAGAUAUGUCUACAGGAAUUUACUGCUUGAACCAGGGACUAGUUUUAAAUUCAGCUCAAGCAGUUUCUGCUUUGGCCACAGCUGAGGAUACUGCUCUUUUUAAGUCAAGUGGAAAUCCAGGGUUGUGUCUAGAUUCUGAAGUGGCCUUAGCAACAGGCCAGCUGCUGGCUCCCAGCAGCCAACAGUCCAGCAGUGCAACAUCACACUACUCAGAGUCACGUGGUGAAACCCCCUGUUCCUUCAAUGACGAGGAUGAGGAUGAAGACGACUCUUCUUCACCAGAAUAAAGGCACACUAGCCAUUUGAAAU